GCAGAACUUCUGUCUCAGCUAGUCUUAUUGAAGAAAAUGUUAAAUAAAAGUUUAGCUUGUUAGCAAUUCUAUUUCAGUGGGAGCUUCUGAUAUAUUCCUUGUCUCCUUACUCUCUAAUAUCUAGGAGGAAAUGGGGAAUGCAAUGAAAACAGAAUGAGUGGAGCUGGAAUUCAGUAUAUUUCAGUGUUCAUCACAGCUGCUUGCUUCUCAUACCACCACCAGAAAAACAUUUUCGAGAAUGCAUGUAGCAGUUUCAUUUUGAUUCAUGUCUUGAAACAGAUGCAACAAGAUUACAUGCUUCACUUUCCAAAAUGCGAGGAGGAGUUGGAGAUAGAGAAUGUGAAGAAAAAAAAAAAAUAGAAAAAACCAAAAGAAAAGUGCCCCUGUUCUUUGUCUUGGAAAAGCUAUGGCGGAAAUUCACUGAGGCUCAUAGAGUGUCUUCAAGAAUAUGUGUUUCAUUAUCCGAACCCGUAUCUAUUUCAUUCUCAUUUGUUCUCAAUUUUCUUUUUGUAUAACUUGUUCUCUCUCUUUCUUUGUGCUGUUAUUAGAUUGUUUGAAGAUGAUUUUGUAACAAUAAAUUGAUAUGGUGGAGCUAUUUUUUAUGGACCAGAGGUCCCGUGGUUUUUACUCUUCUAUUCGAAGAGGUUUUCCACGUAAAAAUUGUGCGA